UUAAUAAAAACAAUGAAACCCUCAAUUCUCGUCUUCUUCACUCCUUAGCGGCGGGCGGAGCUUAGGGCUGAUCGACAUCAUGGUGAACGUUCCAAAGACCAAGAAGACCUACUGCAAGAAUAAGGACUGCAGGAAGCACACCCUGCACAAGGUCACGCAAUAUAAGAAGGGUAAGGAUAGUCUUGCGGCUCAGGGAAAGCGCCGUUAUGACCGUAAACAAUCGGGCUAUGGUGGACAGACAAAGCCUGUGUUCCACAAAAAGGCUAAAACCACUAAGAAGAUUGUCUUGAGGCUGCAAUGCCAGAGUUGCAAACAUGUAUCCCAACAUCCUAUUAAGAGGUGCAAGCACUUUGAGAUUGGUGGGGAUAAGAAGGGGAAGGGAACUUCUCUGUUCUAGGUUCAGAAGUAGGAUUUAUAGCGUCAGUGUUGUCGUUGUACUUUGUACGGUUUUUAUUUCGGAUGUUCAAAACGCUUGGAAUAUUUUGUUUCUCUAUGGAUAUCUAUCUGAUAGCUUUAAGCUAUUCAUGAAAAAUUGCUCGUUACUAUUGCUAAUAUUAGUUUAUUGCUCUCAGGUCAUUUAUAUCUUGUUAAA